GCUGGUCACACCGGCUCCGUUCCGAAUUUUCUUCCUAGCGUGGCGGCCAUAGUAAGCUGUUGAAAAGUAUUCGACGUGAAUUAAAAUUAUUGUAAAAGUGUAACCUCAAGGAACCCGGUUGCAAAAGUCUCCAUUUGCUUUAGACACGAUACGACACGAGGAAAAGUAAACAGCCUACAAGAUGGUCAAGGAGACUGGUUACUACGAUCUGCUGGGCGUGAAGCCCAAUGCCACGCCCGACGAGCUGAAGAAGGCGUACCGCAAGCUGGCCCUCAAGUACCAUCCCGACAAGAACCCCAACGAGGGUGAGAAAUUCAAGGCCAUCUCGCAGGCGUACGAGGUGCUCUCGGAUGCGGACAAGCGUCAGGUGUACGACGAUGGCGGCGAGGCGGCCAUCAAGAAGGGCGGUGCCGAUUCCGGUGACUUCCGCAACCCCAUGGACUUCUUUGAGAAGUUCUUCGGCGCCGGUUUCGGCGGCGGCGGCGGUGGACGGCGGCGCGAGAGACGCGGCAAGGACGUGGUUCACCAGAUGUCCGUGCAGCUGGAGGAGCUGUACAACGGAGCCACACGCAAGCUGCAGCUGCAGAAGAACGUGAUCUGCGACAAGUGCGAGGGUCGCGGCGGCAAGAAGGGCAGCAUCGAGAAGUGCAUGCAGUGCCGGGGCAACGGUGUGGAGACCCGGGUGCAGCAGAUCGCUCCCGGCAUCAUGCAGCACAUCGAGCAGGUGUGCCGCAAGUGCUCGGGCACGGGCGAGACCAUUCAGGAGAAGGAUCGCUGCAAGAACUGCAGCGGACGCAAGACGGUGCGGGAGCGCAAGGUGCUCGAGGUGCACAUCGAGAAGGGAAUGCGGGACGGGCAGAAGAUCGUGUUCACGGGCGAGGGCGAUCACGAGCCGGAAUCUCAACCGGGCGAUAUUAUCAUUCUGCUGGACGAGAAGGAGCACGCGACAUUCGCGCACGCCGGACAGGAUCUGAUGAUGAAGAUGCCGCUGCAGCUGGUCGAGGCGCUCUGCGGAUUCCAGCGAAUCGUCAAAACGCUGGACGAUCGCGAUCUCAUUGUGUCCACGCAGCCCGGCGAGGUCAUCAGGCACGAGAUGACCAAGUGCAUUGCCGAGGAGGGCAUGCCCAUCUUCAAGAACCCCAUGGAGAAGGGCACGCUGAUCAUUCAGUUCGAGGUGAUCUUCCCGGAGGUGAUGAAUCCAUCGGUGGUGCCCACGCUGAAACAGUGCCUGCCACCGGCGCCGGAGGUUGACAUUCCAAUCGAUGCAGAGCAGACGGUUUUGGAGGACUUCGAUCCCAAGCAGCGCCGUCAGCAACACCAGCGCAUGGCCUACGAUGAGGACGAUGGCGGCUAUCAGGAUGGCCCCCGCGUCCAGCAGUGCACAUCGAGUUAAGCGCCCCCGCUGCGUGUUGCACCCCCGGACACACACACACACACCCCCUAAUAAUACCCCCAAUCAACAAGCAGUAAUAAUAUGUAAACCAGCUCCCGGAACACUGUAACUGCGCUUGCAAUGGCCGAAGAACUCCCAAAAGCACCUAAACCUAAACACACCAUCCAACACACACACUAGGAGACCCAACCAAUCGAGAUCUAAAGUUAUUUCAUGCAAGCUACGAUAUUUAGGUAUAAAUCAAAGGAACUUAUCAGAUAUAUGCACUAUGUCUAUAACGCGUGGUUGUUUGUAAACCAAUGGAACAUUUUUUUCUUUUCGUUUAUGUUGCGUUGGAUUGUCAAAGAAUCGAAAACGGAAACUGAAACUAAACUAAACUGAAAUUGAAAAUCAGCCGCCACUAGAACCGUAUCUAAAAGUCGCGAAAGCCAGCGAACGCGUCUAGGAACAAGUUUAAGUUAUUUAAUUCCAGCAUAAAUAAAAGCGUUAGUUUAAACGGAUAUAACAAAUAAAUAAUUAAUACACAAUUUCAA